UCUCCCAAUUCUCCUUCAUUUGCGUCCGGCCGGCCAACAUCACUUAAGCCUGACGGCAGCAAGGAAGCACGAUUACAAGAAGAGGAGUCUAACCUUCUAGAACACUUUUGGAGCAGCAGUGGUCCAGAAAAAGAAGAAGAAGAGUCCCAUCCAAACAACUUAAACUUCACUAUAUCCAAACAUGGAGCGCAAAAUCCCGGACUUUUCUGGCACUUGGGAGAUGAAAAGCUCUGAGAACUUCGAGGAGCUUUUAAAAGUAUUAGGCGUUAACGUGAUGCUCCGCAAGAUCGCAGUGAAGGCGGCCUCCAAGCCUUUGGUGGAGAUCACGCAGGACGGAGAGACGCUGUCCAUUAAGACCUCCACCACCGUCCGGACCACCCACAUCACUUUCACCGUGGGACAGGAGUUCAACGAAUCGACGGUGGACGGGCGUCCUUGCACGAGUUUUCCGCGUUGGGAGACGGACAGCAAGAUCAGCUGCGAGCAGACCCUGCAGAAAGGGGAGGGGCCUAAAACCUCCUGGACCCGGGAAAUGACUAACGACGGCAAGCUCAUCCUGACCAUGGGCGCCGACGACGUGGUCUGCACCAGGGUCUACGAGCGCCAAUGAACAAGAGCACUUCUCACUUUGGGUCCUUCCAGUCGGACUUAUUCCUGCAUCAUCUCGCCACACGUGACAACCCCAGGAGAUGUCAACCUGUAGUUCGCUUUUAUUCCAAUAACUAUUAGCGUCGUCAUUUUGUCUUAGUCGUGCGCUCCUUCACCAUUUUUAUAGAUCAAUUUGAAAUACACUAUAUUGCCAAAAAUAUUUGGCCACCUGCUUUGACUCACAUAUGAACUCUAAGUGCCAUCCCAUUCCUAACCCAUAAGGUUCAAUAAAAUGUUAAUCCACCUUUUGCAGCUAUCACAGCUUCAACUCUUUUGGGAAGGCUGUCCACAAGGUUGCGGAGUGUGUUUAUUGGAAUUUUCCCCCAUUGUUACAAAAGUAAAUUGGUGAUAUUACACACUGAUGUUGGUCCAGAAGGCCUUGCUCUCAGUCUACAUUCUAAUUCAUCCCAAACGUGUUCUAUCGGGUUCAGGUCAGGACUCUGUGCAGGCCAGUCAAGCUACACCACACCAGACUCUGUCAUCCAUGCCUUAAUGCUCCUUGCUCUGUGCACCGGUGCAGUCAUGUUGGAAGAGGAAGGGGCCCUGUUCCGAACUGUUCCCACAAAGUUGGAAGCAUGGAAUUGUCCAAAAUGUUUUGGUAUCCUGGAACAUUCAAAGUUCCUUUCCCCGGAACUAAGAGGCCAAGCCCAACUCCUGAUAAAUAACUCCACACCAUAAUUCCAUCUUCACCAAAUUUCACACUCCUACCACUUUGUGGCUGAGUUGCUGUUGUUCCCAAACCCUUCCAUUUUCUUAAAAUAAAGCCGAAAGUUGACUUUAGGAGCAAGGAAAUUUCACAACUUGAUUUGUCGCACAAGUGGCAUCCUAUGACAGUUCCAGGCUGGAAAUCACUGAGAGCGGCCCAUUCUUUCACAAAUGUUUGUAGAAAUAGUCUCCAUGCCUAAGUACUUGAUUUUAUACACCUGUGGCCAGGGCCUGAAAAACAUACCCACACCAUAAUUCCUCCUCCACCAAAUGUCACUGUAUUUGUUGCAAAGUCGGCAUCCUACGACAGUUCCAUGCUGGAAAUCACCGAGCUCCUGAGAGCGGCCCAUUUUUUCAAAUGUUUGUAGAAACAGUCUCCAUGCCUAAGUGCUUGAUUUUAUACACCUGUGGCCGGGGCCUGAAAAACAACCCCACACCAUAAUUCCUCCUCCACCAAAUCUCACAGUAUUUGUUGCAAAGUUGGCAUCCUACGACAGUUCCAUACUGGAAAUCAGUGAUCUUCUGAGAGCGGCCCAUUUUUUCACAAAUGUUUGUAGAAACAGUCUCCAUGCCUAAGUACGUGAGCCAAGACCAACUCCUGAAAAACAACCCCACACUAAAAUUCCUCCUCCAUCAAAUUUAACUGCAUUUGUUGCACAGGUGGCAUCCUAUGACAGUUCUGCGAUGGAAAUCACUGAGAGCGGCCCAUUCUUUCACAAAUUAUUGUAGAAACAGUCUCCAUGCCUAAGUGCUGGAUUUUAUACACAUGUGGCCAGGGCCUGAAAAACAUACCCACACCAUAAUUCCUCCUCCACCAAACGUCACUGUAUUUGUUGCUAAGUUGGCAUCCUAUGACAGUUCCAUGCUGGAAAUCACUGAGCUCCUGAGAGUGGCCCAUUUUUUCACAAAUGUUUGUAGAAACAAUCUCCAUGCCUAAGUGCUUGAUUUUAUACACAUGUGGCCGGGGCCUGAAAAACAACCCCACACCAUAAUUCCUCCUCCACCAAAUGUCACUGUAUUUUUUUGCAAAGUCAGCAUCCAAUGACAGUUCCAUGCUGGAAAUCACUGAGCUCCUGAGAGUGGCCCAUUUUUUCACAAAUGUUUGUAGAAACAAUCUCCAUGCCUAAGUGCUUGAUUUUAUACACAUGUGGCCGGGGCCUGAAAAACAACCCCACACCAUAAUUCCUCCUCCACCAAAUGUCACUGUAUUUUUUUGCAAAGUCAGCAUCCAAUGACAGUUCCAUGCUGGAAAUCACUGAGCUCCUGAGAGUGGCCCAUUUUUUCACAAAUGUUUGUAGAAACAAUCUCCAUGCCUAAGUGCUUGAUUUUAUACACCUGUGGCCGGGACCUGAAAAACAACCCCACACCAUAAUUCCUCCUCCACCAAAUGUCACUGUAUUUGUUGCAAAGUCAGCAUCCAAUGACAGUUCCAUGCUGGAAAUCACUGAGCUCCUGAGAGCGGCCCAUUUUUUCACAAAUGUUUGUAGAAACAGUCUCCAUGCAUAAGUGCUGGAUUUUAUACACCUGUGGCCGGGACCUGAAAAACAACCCCACACCAUAAUUCCUCCUCCACCAAAUGUCACUGUAUUUGUUGCAAAGUUGGCAUCCUAUGACAGUUCCACAGUGGAAAUCACUGAGCUCCUGAGAGCGGCCCAUUCUUUCACAAAUGUUUGUAGAAACAGUCUCCAUGCAUAAGUGCUGGAUUUUAUACACCUGUGGCCAUGACCUGAAAAACAACCCCACACCAUAAUUCCUCCUCCACCAAAUGUCACUGUAUUUGUUGAAAAGUCAGCAUCCAAUGACAGUUCCAUGCUGGAAAUCACUGAGCUCCUGAGAGCGGCCCAUUUUUUCACAAAUGUUUGUAGAAACAAUCUCCAUGCCUAAGUGCUUGAUUUUAUACACCUGUGGCCGGGACCUGAAAAACAACCCCACACCAUAAUUCCUCCUCCACCAAAUGUCACUGUAUUGGUUGCAAAGUCAGCAUCCAAUGACAGUUCCAUGCUGGAAAUCACUGAGCUCCUGAGAGCGGCCCAUUUUUUCAAAAAUGUUUGUAGAAACAAUCUCCAUGCCUAAGUGCUUGAUUUUAUACACCUGUGGCCGGGACCUGAAAAACAACCCCACACCAUAAUUCCUCCUCCACCAAAUGUCACUGUAUUGGUUGCAAAGUCAGCAUCCAAUGACAGUUCCAUACUGGACAUCAGUGAUCUUCUGAGAGCGGCCCAUUUUUUCACAAAUGUUUGUAGAAACAGUCUCCAUGCCUAAGUGCUUGAUUUUAUACACCUGUGGCCGGGGCCUGAAAAACAACCCCACACCAUAAUUCCUCCUCCACCAAAUGUCACUGUAUUUUUUUGAAAAGUCGGCAUCCUAUGACAGUUCCAUGCUGGAAAUCACUGAGCUCCUGAGAGCGGCCCAUUUUUUCAAAAAUGUUUGUAGAAACAGUCUCCAUGCCUAAAUGCUGGAUUUUAUACACCAGUGGCCGGGGCCUGAAAAACAACCCCACACCAUAAUUCCUCCUCCACCAAAUGUCACUGUAUUUGUUGCAAAGUCAGCAUCCAAUGACAGUUCCAUGCUGGAAAUCACUGAGCUCCAGAGAGUGGCCCAUUUUUUCACAAAUGUUUGUAGAAACAAUCUCCAUGCCUAAGUGCUUGAUUUUAUACACCUGUGGCCGGGACCUGAAAAACAACCCCACACCAUAAUUCCUCCUCCACCAAAUGUCACUGUAUUGGUUGCAAAGUCAGCAUCCAAUGACAGUUCCAUACUGGACAUCAGUGAUCUUCUGAGAGCGGCCCAUUUUUUCACAAAUGUUUGUAGAAACAGUCUCCAUGCCUAAGUGCUUGAUUUUAUACACCUGUGGCCGGGGCCUGAAAAACAACCCCACACCAUAAUUCCUCCUCCACCAAAUGUCACUGUAUUUUUUUGAAAAGUCGGCAUCCUAUGACAGUUCCAUGCUGGAAAUCACUGAGCUCCUGAGAGCGGCCCAUUUUUUCAAAAAUGUUUGUAGAAACAGUCUCCAUGCCUAAAUGCUGGAUUUUAUACACCAGUGGCCGGGGCCUGAAAAACAACCCCACACCAUAAUUCCUCCUCCACCAAAUGUCACUGUAUUUGUUGCAAAGUCAGCAUCCAAUGACAGUUCCAUGCUGGAAAUCACUGAGCUCCAGAGAGUGGCCCAUUUUUUCACAAAUGUUUGUAGAAACAAUCUCCAUGCCUAAGUGCUUGUUUUUAUACACCUGUGGCCGGGACCUGAAAAACAACCCCACACCAUAAUUCCUCCUCCACCAAAUGUCACUGUAUUGGUUGCAAAGUCAGCAUCCAAUGACAGUUCCAUACUGGACAUCAGUGAUCUUCUGAGAGCGGCCCAUUUUUUCACAAAUGUUUGUAGAAACAGUCUCCAUGCCUAAGUGCUUGAUUUUAUACACCUGUGGCCGGGGCCUGAAAAACAACCCCACACCAUAAUUCCUCCUCCACCAAAUGUCACUGUAUUUUUUUGAAAAGUCGGCAUCCUAUGACAGUUCCAUGCUGGAAAUCACUGAGCUCCUGAGAGCGGCCCAUUUUUUCAAAAAUGUUUGUAGAAACAGUCUCCAUGCCUAAAUGCUGGAUUUUAUACACCAGUGGCCGGGGCCUGAAAAACAACCCCACACCAUAAUUCCUCCUCCACCAAAUGUCACUGUAUUUGUUGCAAAGUCAGCAUCCAAUGACAGUUCCAUGCUGGAAAUCACUGAGCUCCAGAGAGUGGCCCAUUUUUUCACAAAUGUUUGUAGAAACAAUCUCCAUGCCUAAGUGCUUGAUUUUAUACACCUGUGGCCGGGACCUGAAAAACAACCCCACACCAUAAUUCCUCCUCCACCAAAUGUCACUGUAUUGGUUGCAAAGUCAGCAUCCAAUGACAGUUCCAUACUGGACAUCAGUGAUCUUCUGAGAGCGGCCCAUUUUUUCACAAAUGUUUGUAGAAACAGUCUCCAUGCCUAAGUGCUUGAUUUUAUACACCUGUGGCCGGGGCCUGAAAAACAACCCCACACCAUAAUUCCUCCUCCACCAAAUGUCACUGUAUUUUUUUGCAAAGUCGGCAUCCUAUGACAGUUCCAUGCUGGAAAUCACUGAGCUCCUGAGAGCGGCCCAUUCUUUCACAAAUGUUUGUAGAAACAAUCUCCAUGCCUAAGUGCUGGAUUUUAUACACCUGUGGCCAGGACCAAGUGAUUAGGACACCUGAUUCUGAUCAUUUGGAUGGGUGGCCGAAUACUUUUGUCAAUAUAGUGCAUGUCAAUCGCCUUGUCUGACUUUUUUCGCUGUGUGUGCUUUGAGCUGCCAGCUUCUUCGGCCCUUUUGACUCCAACUUCUUUCCUGUGAUAUUUAUUACUACAUUAUAGUACUGCCAAGGUUUCGAACUAGUGUCUCCCUUGUAUGACGCAACCUUUUCUAUGGCAAAACAAUAAAGCGGCAACUUUGUCUUUGAACUUGAA